AUGAUUUCUUCAUCUUUCUAUCUAUUCGGCGAAGAGCCAUCCAUUGCCCGCCAAAUCACCUUCCCUGCGACGUACAAUUUUGCGGAUUUGCAAGUGUUAGUUGCGUCCUACUUCUCUAUUGUAGACGCUAAAGAUGUUGGCUUCAUUCAUCGAAAUAUUGAGUUGACAUCGGCAAGCGAGGUGUAUGCCGCAACUGGCCCCAUUGCGAUAUCAAUUAAUGGAAAGCCAGUGCGAGAUAUACCGGGGCCAGCUGGUUUGCCAUACGUGGGAAGCUUCUUCGAAAUAUAUCCUGACCAUCUUGGAAACCAUCAGAGACUGUUUAAUAAAUACGGACCACUUAUUGUCACAACUAAUAUGGGAAGCCGCAUCCAUCAUACCAACGAUCCCCGCUUAGCCAAUAUUUUCUUCUCCGAGAGCGCUUUUUUCUCGAAAAAGAUCAUUCCUAACCAUCCGUUGCAUGCAGUAGGGAUGUCUGAAGCAGGGCUAUUCUUUGGAAAUACAGAUUCUGAAGAAUGGCGCAUUACGCAUAAGUUCUUACCUCCGGCUUUAGGCCCCAAGGCAGUGCGACAUUAUGCACCAGCAAUGCAAAGGACAGUUGAAGAAUCAUUCAGUGUAUUCGAUAAACUAGACCUGGAUGGGGAAUCAUGGAACGUAUUUCCAUAUAUGAUGAAGAUUGGCUCUCAAGCAGUUGGCAGACUUGUGCUCGGCUUGGAAUUUGGGCAUUUCACCUCUGUCGAUGCCCCUCUACACGAAUUUGUUACCAAGGUAACCAGUGUUGUCGAACUAAGUAAGCGAGUGACGUCUAUUGGGAGCUGGUAUACCAAUAUGCCAUUUGGAGAUCCGAAAAGACUUCGUGACAACAUGAAGGAAGUCCGAAGAAUACUGUUAGAGGCAUCCAAGAAAGCAUCCAAAGGAAUUGAAGACCUGGAGCUCCAAGAUGCCGCUCUACAAUCUCAAAAUUUAGUCGAUUAUUGCCUCAGAGCAAGAGAUAUGAAAGGAAAUCGAUUGACUUGGGAUCAAUUUGUACCGGCAUUGGUUGUGAUCACCGCGGCCGGGUUUGUAACGUCUGCUUCACUCCUCUCGUGGAUGAUAUACGGCCUCGUGACAUACGAAGGGGUGCAAGAGAGAAUACUCCAAGAAUUGAUUGACCAUGACUGGGAUGAAAACAUCCAAGUUACGGCCGAUUUAACGAACCAGCUUAAGUUUAUGAAUAACUUUGUUAAAGAAACUCAGCGAAAACAUAACCCUUCAUUCCAACCCAGCAGAACAGCGUUGGUGGACAUGAUUUUACCUGGCGGGUAUAAGCUAGCGAAAGAUUCUAUUGUUAUUGCCGAUUUACAUCACAUUCAUACAAACCCACACGUGUGGGAUAACGCUGACAAAUUUGAUCCUGACCGGUGGGACACUGAGAAAAUCAAGAAUCGGCCCCCUGGGUCCUACCAGCCAUUCGCUUCCGGUCCCAGAGCCUGCAUUGGAUUCAAUUUUGCUCUACAGGAGGUAAAGAUUGUGUUAUCUAAGCUGUUAUACCGUUACAGGUUUAGCUUGGCCGAAACUGGAACAGUCGAGUAUGAUCCAUAUUACUUGAUCAUAAAGCCUAGUAACUUAUAUGUCCGGGCAGAAAGGCGAUUCAAAUGGCCACAGAAAACAGGUGCGAAAAGAGACGCAUAG